AUGACUCCUCGCGUGACCGACCCAGCACCAGCUGCUGACCUCCCCUUUGCGACAGAGUCGCGCACCGGACUUGCCGGCGGGCAAUCGGCGGAGGCCGUUGCGGCGGAUGGGCGGACAGGCGUGGGAAUAGCGGAGGGUAAGCGGCGAGGCGGAGGGGCGGGCGCCUGUUCAACGGGCGCGGCGGAUAGUGGGGAUGGGGAUGACGUGGGGUCGGGGGUUAGCGCGGCGUCGGAGUUGUCGUUGGCUCGUCAGACGCAACAGAUCGCGUCGCUGGAUGGCGAAUUUUCGAGAGAGCGGAAUGAAAGCGCAGCAGCAGCAGGACGCGACGGGCGUGGUGACGAGGGGGGCCGCCGCGCGCAGCCGCCGCUGAUGGGCGGAGCGGCGGGUAGCGCCGCCGGCCCCGCAGAGCGUGUGGUGAGGCUGGUAGUGCCAUCAAGCGCAGCAGCAGGCGGCGAGCCUAUGCCCCCAUCAGCAGCCGUGGCUAGAGAGUCAGCACGAGGGGAACACAUGCGGUCUGAGCUGGUCCGACCAGCAUCAUCCGUGUUAUCGUCACUAUCCUCCUCCCCCUCUGCCUCCUCCGCCUGCUCCUCCCCGCCCAGGCUGUUCUCGUUAUGCACUGAUUCGAUAGUGGCGAACAUCCACCAUGUUUCGUCGCUGCAGGGCCUUCCUGAAGACAUUGUGCUGCUGCUGCUGUGGCGCACGCUGCAGAGAGGAGCACUGACAGAGCGGGUGCUGAAGGUGUUCCGGGCGACACAGCAUGCACUGGUGGAGGAGGCCGUGGUGCUGCUGGGACUCACCCACCACUCGCCUGCGCCCGUCCUCCCCACUCGCUGCACUGACAGCUCCCUCCGCUGA